AAUAAAUAACCCCAUACCGUGCGACCAAUUAUUAUCUUCAAGAUUAGAAACAAAUGGUUCUCUUAAAACCUUCUGCGUUUUCAAAAUCACCUAAGCCUCUUCCACAGCAAGGCGGCUUCUCCGACUCUCUGAUCGGUGAUACUGUCGAGGCAGCUGAUGCUUUUGUAAGCCAAUGGGUCUCACCACACCUCUACGAUUCUUCUUCCACUUCCUGCAGCCUCUCUUCCCUUUUCUCCGCGGAGAACCGCGGAGAAGGAAGACGCUUCCUCGACGUCCUGGCCAAGUUACAUUACGCUAUACAGAGCGCCGGUUUGGUGAAUCCGGACUCUGCUAAGCUUUCUCAAGCACGUGAUCUGAUGCAGACGGCUAUGAAGUAUUUGGAGAAGGAGUUUUAUCGCGUUUUGAAAUCGAACCGCCGAUUUUUUGAUUCAGAAUCUAUCUCUAGUUUGUCUAGUAACGAGAAUGUAGAAGGAGAUGCUGAUGCUAUCGAGGAUUUGAAGAUGAUAACGAACUGCAUGAUCUCAUCCGGUUACGAGAAAGAUUGUGUUAAGAUUUAUAAGAAACUUAGAAGAAAGAUGAUCGUCGAGGCCUUGUCUAACCUAGGAUUCGAGAAGUUAACAUCUGCGCAGAUGCAGAAACUAGAAUGGGAGAUUCUCGAGAAGAAGAUCAAAGGUUGGGUGAGGCUUGCUAAUGUAGCAUUCGUCACACUGUUUAACGGAGAACGAAUCCUCUGCGAUCGAAUCUUCUCCACAUCCUCCUCUUCCUCAUCCGUCUCCAUCGCUGAGUCUACCUUCGUCGAGAUUACGCUGCAGAGCGCGUUGAAACUCUUUAUCUUCCCCAUAACCGUCGCAAAAUGCAAGAAGACAGCAGAGAAAAUCUUCCCAACGCUCGACGUUUACCAGACGAUCUUGCAUGUUAUUCCCCAAAUUGAGCAGAUCUUCAGCUACGAUUCAACCGCCUGCGUGCGAACGCAGGCGGCUGAAUCUCUAGAGAAGCUCGGAGAGUCGGUGAACGCGAUGAUGAUCGAGUUCCAAUCGUCGAUCACGAAAGAGUCUUCCAAAUCGCCGAUUCCAUGUGGGGGAGUCCAUCAGCUCACGAGGUACGUGAUGAACUUCAUCGUCUUCCUCGCGGAUUACAGCGACUCGCUCACCGCCAUUAUCAAGGAUAAGGAGUCCUCGUUGCCUUUACCGGAGGAUUACUAUAAUAACAACAACAACGAAGAGAAUCCAGAAAACGCUGGCUCUCCGAUGGCAGCGAGGCUCGCGUGGCUGAUACUCGUCUUGCUCUGCAAAAUCGACGCCAAAUCUCGUCUCUACAGCGACACGGCGCUCUCGUAUCUCUUCCUCGCCAACAACCUCCACUAUGUCUUGAUCAAGGUGCGUACGUCGAACCUCAAGGUCGUUCUGGGAGACGACUGGGUGGCGAAUCACGAGGUUAAGGUGACUCAGUACCUCGAGAAGUACGAGAAAAUGGCCUGGGGAGAUGUGAUCGCGUCGCUCCCGGGGGUUUCGACGGCGGCGGCGAAAGCGGAGGAGGCUUUGAGACGGUUCAACAAGGCGUUUGAGGAGACGUACAAGAAGCAUAAGAAUUGGGUCGUACCCGACCCGAAAUUGAGAGACGAGAUCAAAGCGUCUAUAGCGAGUAAGCUCAUGGGCGGGUAUACGGGUUUCUAUAAGAAGUAUCCGGUCGGAUCUUCGGAUAUUGUCAGAUUUACCCCUGAAGAUCUCAAUGGUUACAUAUCCGACUUGUAUAUCGGCUUGAGAGGAUCCGUGCCCGUAUCCACAAACUAAAACGUCUUUGGAUCCGGAUAUUGCUCAAUGUAAAAGUCCAAAUCACUGUGUUGUGAAUAAUGUAGAAAUGAUAUUCAAAUUGUCAACGAAUCAUGACCUGAUUCUGGGCAAAAUAAAGCCCAUGAAAUAUCAGCGUUAGGCUUCAAAUCGGAAUAAAUAAAUAUUGUAACAAUUAUCAGCUGUAAUUAUAUUUAUUUAUUACAUUUUUUUAAGAAAAUCUUGUAAUGUUAUAAAACAUUAUUUAUCACACAACAUUAAUAUUGAGAAAAAACAUUACAUUUGGGUCCUAAAUUUAAAUUUUGAUUUAGGCGUUCAAAAUAUCUGGGCCAACCCUGCAAGGCUGCAACAAAUGAGAACGUAUGUGUUUGUAUGAAUUCAGUAAAGGCUAAUACUUUUAUUUUGUGAUGUUUACCAUUUUAUAAGCUACACUAACGGUUUUCAUUGCAGUUGGAAGCUAUCACAACCGUAGAGCAAAUUCUGGUUUUAACAUAUUUUUAGUUUCUGAAAAGUUUCUGAAAAGUUUCUUGCUAAGUCAAUAAAUAUUUCUUAAACUUUUGGAAGUAAUUAUAAUUAAACCAAUAAUCAAUGGAAAAACAAUAUUAAUUUAGUAAAAAUAGGUAAAUAUAUUUAGUAUUUUAAUUUGAAAAUAUACUGUAGAUAAUGAUAGUUGACCGACAAAUAUAUUUCAAUCAUUCGCCCACAACAAUAGAGUUACUCUAGAUAACAAAUAAAAAGGAAUUGUGGUUGGGAAGUAAACUAGUUAGUUGAAUAAGUCUUUACAGAUCAAUUUAUCUUAAUAUUCCGUAUGCAAACAUAUGAGGUAUAUACCAGUUUGUUCGAUGUAUCUGCCGUAGUCAUACAUUUUCAGAUAUGUCAUUUAUAAAAAGUGAUUCAAGUCAAGGGUUAUAGGAUAACGUGCUAUCUUUAUAGAACCAUAGUUUAUGUCUUCUUUGUCCACGGUUUGCCUGCAUUAAAACAUUGUCUCACUGUCUAUCUAAUUCCUCCCAUCAGAACAUGAUUUAGUUACGAUGUUUCUGUGAGUAUUAUCAUUCCAUUUUCUUAAUAAAAGGAGACUUAUGUUUAUGUGAGUAUUAUCUAAUUCCACCCAUCAGAACCUUAACUUUCAAGGUUGAUCAAUUAUUUAAAGUUUUCAUCUGUCCAUUUUCUUAAUAAAAAUCGAAUUGGCAGUUUUAGUUUCUUUGGAUAAACUCAAGAAAAAUCAAACUUAAGUACUAGUAAAUGAUAAUGAAAUG